AUGCGCUCGGAGUCAAGCGCUCUGCUCUACUCGGUGUAUGCGAACGGUAACCGCUCCAAUGCGGUUGGUUACCGACUUUUCUCGCUCGAGUUUUGGCUGUCUCCACCGGAUUUCCGCACCAACAUGGUGGAUCUGGCCAGCUGGGGGAUAGAGCUUCGGUUUUUGCUGUGGAACGACCCCCGCUCCUUCCUCCUUUCGUGGAAAGCGAACCCUCUCAAUCCCCUUUCCCCUAUCGCCGUCAUCUCCUCCUCCUCCCCUGGGCGCUGCUCGCCUCCGCCUGGAGAUGAGGACGCUCGGCCGGUGCGCAUCCCUCUGAGUGCACUGGCCGCAACCGCCGCCUCCGCUCCGCUCGCCCUCACCGCCACCGCCAACCCCACCACCUCCGGCACCGCCACUGCUCGUGAGGUCCUCCUCCCCAUGAGCUCCUCCGUGAAUCGUGCCACUGCCUCUUCCCCGACCUGUAGCGCCGCGCCUCGCCUCGCCUCUCCUCUCCUCGUCUCGUGCAGUUGUCGCCUGCUUCCGCCCCUGUCUCCGGCGAGAGCACCCGCGGUGGCACGUGGAGAUGGGAAAUGGAGGAUACUAUACCCUUGGCUUUACAUAGUCCUGAAGUGUAUGAUGGCAUUGCUCGCGGUACGCGCUGUAAAUUUGAGACUAAUCGACCUCGAGCUGUUCUGUUUGAAGGCCCACCUGGAAUAUGUAUCCAGAUACUGCAACCUUUCCACAUGAAUUGAUUCGUUUAACAUUUGUACCCACAGAUGAGGAUGCAUGGGGUCGUAUGAUCUUAAGUGGCUACAUACAGAGAAGCAAUAUCCAGAUCUGAUCCAUCAUGAUGCCACUGAAGUGACAACGACUAGUAUUAUCCUGAGUUUUUUUUACCGUGUCAUGAAAUCUUUAUAGUCUUAUAUUACCAAGAGAAAGAUAAUAUUUUGUCACAAUCAUUCAGAAUUAGAGUUUAGCGUAACUGACCUCAUGUUUUCUGUCAUUUUAAAUAACACAUAAAUGUAUUGUAUUGCUCUCAUUGAGUAAUAGUGUUUGUCGGUGCUUUUAUUUUAUUAUUCAUUAGUAUGCCACCUACGGUUUUAUUUGUUUGUGUUAUCUUUUGCCAUGGUAAUUGUCAGUAACAACAAUCUGUACCUUCUUCAAAUAUUAUAGAUUAAAAAUUGUUGAUCGAUGGUUCCAUAUCAGCUUUUACAUAUGGAGUAUCUUAAUGUCAAUAGCAAUUAAUAAAGACUAAGAUGCUAGAGUUGGAACAUAGCUAACUAUAAGCAAAUAGUAAAUGUUAACCAACUCAAUCAUUUUAUCCUUUAUAAUAAAGAAUGAUAAACGGUUGCUAUAGUUUAUUUUACUUCCAGCUAACAUCGGUAUGUGAAUUUGCUGCGAUCUAUGUGCUUAAUAAACCAUGUCCUUUAAAAACAAAUAAACAAUUUACCUGUCUACAGAGCACAAGGUUACAUAUAAGCAUUCGUAUUUAUAUGUUUUUUGUCGUUUAUCGUCUGAUCUAUACAGCUAAUGGAGUCAUAUAUCUUCCACCAGGUUUGUUGCCUCCACGUAAAAGCUAAUGACAACCGCAUAUGUCACCAAUUUUAUUGCUAAUAUCAAACUCAGCAAGCCAUCGUCAUAUGCCCCGCCGCUGUUUUUUUUAAAAAAAACCCUUUGCAUCAAGAUUAGCUUACAAAACAAAUUUCAUUUUGUUCUUAUAUAUGAACACAUAAAUAUAUAAAUGACUAAUAUGCUCUUACUAUGCAGGUUUUAUUACUAAUGAUAUAAUAGAGAUGUGAUGGCACCAGUGCCUACAAUGAAAGUGAUUAUCCAGCUUUAGAAGUAUGGGAUUUUUCGAGGGUGAAAAUCAAAUAAUAGAGAAUAAGAUGCUAGGUUUGGUUGACAUCUACUAUUUAACUUUACAUAUUGCCUUUUGAUGGGUGUUCAAAUAGCAAAAAUAGUAGAUGUUAACCAACUUAAGCAUCUUAUCCUUAAUUUAAGCUACAAUAUCCCACCAGUUUUCUUGCUCUUUUGAAUAAAAGUGAUCAUCUUGUACUCUGCCAACAUCAAAAUAGCCCUUUGCAUCAAGGUUAGUUUAUGAAACAUGUUUUCAUGUUAUUCCUAUAGCUGUUCACAUAAGCAUAUAACUAACUAAAACAUUGUGUACUCUGUCGCCAUCAAAAUAGGCCUUUACCUCAAGGUUAGUUUAUGAAACAUGUUUUUAUGUUAUUCUUAUAGUUGUCCACAUAAGCAUAUAACAAACUAAACAUAUGCACUUACUUUGCAGAAUUAUAAAAUCAAAGAUACAAGGGAUGGGACAUCCAUAUAAUGGAAGUGAUCCGUCAAUUAAAUACUGUUUAAUAUCCAAGAUUUUUAUUUACUAACAUGGUAUCUUCCUAUUACACAGGUACAAUCUACGAAAGGAAAAUACAGGAGAUAAGUCUCGGUUGAAACGUAAUAAAAAAAAGGAGGACAAAUAACUAACAUAAUUUUGUUCUACAUAUAAAUCAUGCAUUUGCCUUAUAAGAUGACUCAGCACCAAGUACUAAAGGUAUUUAGUAGUUAGAAACACUUGUACUUCAUUAGAUUGCAAUAUCAGGUUACUAUCCCACGACAUGAUGUCAUACUCUUUUGUUAAAUUUGUAGUCUUAUAUAAUCAAAGUGGUGGCUACCGCAGCUGAUACGAUGAUGUACAAAGGCCUCGUUAUGUUUCACAUGCCUCUUACAUUGUCCUCCUUUUGCUAGUGACUGUUAAUUUUGUAUUUUUUUAACCAUGUCGAUCUUUGGCAGUGUUAGGUAAAACACCUUAGUCUUGAAAUAUUUAGACGAUAUACUAUAGUAUUACUAUAACGAUCAAAGAAUCUCAGUUAACACGUCAUAUGUAAAGAGGUAAAAGGUUUAAAAUACCCUCUUAUGCACAUGAUUAUAGCAUAAUAUCUUAUAGGCAAAGUGGUAAUUUUAUCGACCGACUCCAUCAUAUACCCAUGCUUUAGCAAAAAGGACAUGAGCCUAUCAUACCAAGCCUUAAGUGCCUGUUUGAGUCCAUACAAAAUUUUCUGAAGCUUGUAAACUCUAUGAGGGUAUUUAGAGUUUUCAAAGCUUGAGGGUUGCUUGAUAUAGACAUCUUUCUCUAUAAAACCAUUUAGAAAAGCACUCUUGACAUUCAUUUGAUACAGCUUGAAAUCCUGGGAUGCCGCAAAUACUAGGAGAAUCCUAAUGACUUCUAGUCUAGCCACCGGUG